UGGCUUGCAGAAGUAUCCGUACGUCGAGCUUAACGAUGACAUCGGCUCGCGCCGCCUCCCGUGUCGACAGCCACCGCAACCUGCUAUUCGUCCCAUCCCCUACCACCACCACCACGACCCACCAUGAUCAGUGCCACGGAGAAGAGCCGUGCCAGGAGAACACCUUUAAGCUUUUUAGCUCAUGGAAGAAGAAGAAGAAGAAGAAGAAGAAGAAGAAGAAGACAACGAUGAGGAAGCAAACGGAGGAGGAAAUGAGCCCCAACUCCAAGAGCUCGGGACUAAGGGACUGCUGUAAACUGUUUGAGGGUUUGAGGAAUAUGCGGUCACGGUUAUAUUCAGCAGCAGAAUAUUUUGAACUGUCUUACAUGAAUGAUGAUGGAAAAGAAAUGGUGAUGAGGAGUUUGAAAGAUUAUGCUGUUAAGGCCAUAGCUAAUGCCGUGGAUCAUUUAGGUUCAGUGUCAUAUAAGGUAGACAACCUUCUCAAUUACGAGGUUGAUGAGGUCUCUGCAGCAACUUUUGAAGUAUCAUGCAUGAAGCAGAGACUUCGAACGUGCCAGACACGUAUCGAUCAUGAAUGUCUUUCUCAACAGUCUCUUUUGAUCAAACCUCCAAAGUAUCACAAGCACUACAUUCUACAAGGUCAAUCCACAGCUGAUUCUGGUAUAUCGAUGCUAAAGUGCCAAGGAUUCUAUCCACCUAAGGAGAACAGCAAACUGAAUCAUCAUCAGACUGGUAACAUUGUCUUCAUUCUCUGAUACCAUAUGAAAAUAUGUAGCCGAGAAAAUGUAAUAAUAUGUGUAUUUUUCCUCCAGCUUCUUCGGCAGCUAGGCAUUGGCAAUCUCCAAUCAAGUAUGCUGUUCUCCGUUUUAAGAACGUUCAUUCACGGUCUCCUUCACCCUGUCCUUCAAAAAGUGAACAGUAUUUAUCACCUUCUUGGACGAUGCAUUCAAUUGAGAAGAUCUCUUACAAUGGUGCAAGAUCAGCAGCAAGCAGACCAAACAUUCCCAACUCAUCGAAGAAG